CGCAGAAAGCAGACAGUGAAUGCAGAUGCAUUAACUCCAACCUGGCAACCCAUGACAUCCACUAUCGGUGUAUUUGGCCUUCUGCACUUCUCCCUACGUACCAUGGCAGAUGACUGCACCUCUCUACGUAAUACCUCAGUGUACCAGCAGGGGGAAGCAGUGUUUUUGGAGGCCAGUGUGGAGGCGCCGCUGCACCCUCCACUCACUGUAUAUGUGGACUACUGUGUAGCUACACUGAAGCCCGACCCUCUCUCCUCGCCAAGCUACAAGUUUAUCACCAAAUAUGGAUGUCUUGUAGACAGUGUAUUACCAGGGUCUUCAUCUAAAUUCCACCUGCGGGAGCAAGAAAAUAGGUUGUGCUUCAGUGUCCAGGCCUUCCACUUCAAGCAGGAUUCUGGGGAACAGAUGUUCAUCAGCUGCCACCUGAGGGCCACUCCGAAACAAAACUUCCAGAGCCACCUUAACAAAGCCUGCUACUUCCAUAGGCCCUCAUUCAGGUGGCGUGCCACAGAGGGGGACCAUGCUCUGUGCGAAUGCUGUGACUCUGACGACUGCUUGAGACCCACUGGAGUGGGGAAUACUGGCGACACUGUCCACAAGACUUCACCCCAUAAAGAAACAAYGCAUGAGGCGGACACAACAGUCGGACCUCUUCACACCCUGCCAUCCUCCCAUUGGACUGGUCAUCUGUCAGUCAGUCACUGAAGAGCAUUUUUCCAACUUGACUAUUAGGUGGGUACAGGGACUGCUGAGAGCUGGGGAGUUGACCAAUAAAGCAUUUAUCACAUAUU